UCUUCUCUAUCUUCCCUCCAUUGACUCCAUUGCUUUCAGUAAAAUUCUGUGAAAACACACAGUCACACACUUGAACGUCCUUUCUUGAGAGUGGGUGGCUUUCUUACUCUCUAGCUGAUAAUCGAGAUUCCUAAUUUGUAUAAUUGUAUGAUGGCGAAAUGCUCAAGUAAUUUUCCGCCAUCAUCAUCAUCGCCAGCAUUAAUGCCGGAUCGUUUAAAGCCCUUCCAAACCCUUGCUGGCAUUCAACAGCUUGCUGAAUCUCAUAAAUUCAAGGGUUGGCUAUUGGACCAGUUUGGAGUUCUGCACGAUGGGAAAAAACCUUAUCCUGGGGCAAUUUCCACAUUGGAGAAGUUGGCCAAUUUCGGUGCUAAGAUGGUGAUUAUAAGUAAUUCUUCAAGACGUGCGUGUACUACUUUGGAAAAACUUAAGAGCCUUGGAUUUGAUCCCUCACUUUUCGUGGGGGCAAUCACUAGUGGAGAAUUAACACAUCAGCACCUUCAAAGGAGAGAUGAUCGAUGGUUUGCAGCUUUAGGAAAGUCCUGCAUUCACAUGACCUGGAAGGAUCGGGGUGCUAUAUCUCUUGAGGGCUUGGGAUUACAAGUUGUGGAAAAUGUUGAAGAAGCCGAGUUUAUUCUAGCCCAUGGAACUGAGGCGCUGGGGCUUUCUUCUGGAGCUGCAACUCCCACGAAAUUGGGGGAUCUUGAAAAAGUUCUUGAGGAAUGUGCAGCUAAAAAUAUUCCUAUGGUUGUAGCAAAUCCAGAUUUUGUGACUGUUGAGGCCAGAGAUCUGCGCGUGAUGCCUGGAACAUUGGCAACCAAAUAUGAGAAACUUGGCGGUAAAGUGAAAUGGAUGGGCAAGCCUGAUAAGAUCAUCUAUAAAGCAGCUGCGGAAAUGGCUGCUAUAGAUCCUUCACAGUGUGUUGCCAUUGGAGAUUCUCUGCACCAUGACAUAAAAGGUGCAAAUGCCGCUGGUAUCUCGUCAGCAUUUAUCACUGGUGGGAUCCAUGCGACUGAACUUGGACUUGAUACCUUCGGAGAAAUUGCUGAUGAUUCUUCUGUGGUUGCUCUUGCCUUAAGACAUGAUGCUUAUCCAUCAUAUGUGUUGCCUUCAUUCAAUUGGUAGUCUGAUGGUUUGAGAAUAGAGGUUCUACUGAUGCCAUUGCUAAUGUUCCAUUUUCUAUAGCACCCUUUGUAGCUACGGCGGCAGCUUUUAAGUUACCGUUCAAGGAGCCAUCAUCGUGCUUUUCAUCUUUGUUUUGUUGUGAUCGGUUGUCUCAACUACAGCAAUGUACGAGAAAGCUGCUUAUUUCAUGGUAGCUAGUGGGUUCUAGGUUACCAGCAAUGGGUGGUAAUAUAGUUUUAAUUUAGGGAUAAUUUCAGAAACCUCCCCUGAGGUUUCUGACAUUUACACUCACCUCCCCUGUGGUUUG